UUUUGUUAGAAGGGAUAUUAAAAAUGACGUAUCUGACAAAUUUUUUGGUUUCUUUGAUCAGGUUAUGUAUGGUAUGGUUUACCAGACUCAUAUUGAAUGUGUAUUUCAAAGAGAUCCAGGUUAUUGGAAAGCAAAAAGUGCCAAAAGAAGGACCUAUUAUCUUUGUGGGCAAUCAUGCCAAUCAAUACAUUGAUCCAAUGGCAAUUAUUGCAUACUGUCCCCAACAUAUUAACUUCAUGGUUGCAGCAAGUACUUAUAGACAAAGGAUGAUGGGGUUCUUUACAAGAGUCAUGGGAGCAAUUCCUGUUGAAAGACCUCAAGAUAUUGCUCAAGUUGGUGAAGGGACAGUUGAAGUAAUUGAUAAGCAAAAGAUAAUUGGCCAUAACUCUAAUUUUACCAAACAAGUAAUGGUCGGAGAUACUAUUAAAGCUAAAGGAUGGCCUGAAUAUGUUGUUACAGAGGUAGUUUCAGCAACAGAACUGAAAUUCAAAUCUAAAGAUGUCAAUCCAACAGAGACAGGUGUCAAGAAGGAAUACAAAGUGAUUCCAAAAGUGGAUCAGUCUCAGGUGUUCUCUAAAGUUUGGGAAGAAUUGAAAAAUGGUAAAAACUUGGGUAUUUUCCCUGAAGGAGGCUCUCAUGAUCAAACAAACCUUCUUCCUCUCAAGGUAGGAGUAGCAAUCUGAGGACUAGGGGCGAUGUCAAAGUAUAAAGAUACAAAAAUUAAGGUGAUUGCCUGUGGACUCAAAUAUUUUAAUCCAAGUCGGUUCAGGUCAAAGAUGAUUCUGGAAUUCAGUACUCCAUUUGAAGUAGACUCAAAGCUUGUUGAAGAAUAUCAGAAAGACAAGAGAUCAGCUUGUGGAAAGUUCCUCAGUCAUACUGAGAAGAAGCUUAGAAGUGUGACCUUCACUGCUCCCAAUUAUAGAGAGUUGAAGAAUAUUUAUCUUGCCAGGAGGCUCUACAUCCCCAGCAGUGAAAUUGGAAAUUAUUCUCAAGAAGAAAUCAAUGAGCUUUACAAAAGAUUCUUUAAAGGAUAUCAAGAGAUGAGAAAGAGGCCAGAAGUUGAAAAUUUAAUGGAAGAAGUCUAUGAGUAUGGGAGAGAUCUUAAAUCACUGGGAGUUAAAGAUUCUAAAAUCUACGAAAUUGAGUUCAACACCUUAGAUCUUCUCAAAAAGUCAGUUAUUUCUUUGUUUAAAAUGAUGAUGUCCUUAAUCUUUGUUUUUCCUGGAUUAGUGACUCUACUCCCGAUGUACGUUAUUAACAGAAUCCUAGCAGAAAAGGAAAGAAGAAAGGCAUUGAAGAAAUCUAGUGUGAAGGUUUUUGGAGCUGAUGUUCUAGGAUCCACUAGGAUACUAUAUUCAUUCAUCUUGUAUCCUUUAACUUGCACCUUUUUCACAACGUCAUUGUUUAUACUUCAAAGAAUGUACUCAUCACUCUCACUGUAUGAUUGUUGUGCAAACUGUUUUUGGUUCCUUGUUUUCUAUCCGAUUUACAAUUACAUUUGUGUAAGAUCACUGGAUGGAGUCACUGAUAACUGGAACAACUUAUUCGUCAGAGUCUAUUGCCUCUUUAGCAAGGAUACAAUGGAUGUCAUCAGAGAAAAGAGAGAACAUAUAUCAAAGAAAGUUCACGAAGUUAUAGAUACUUUUGGACCAAUGGUAAUUGAGAAUUUCAACCAGACUAAGCUAUUGAAAGACUCAAAGCAGAAGAGCAAAGGCAAGAAAGAUAAAGAAAAGGACUCCGAAGUUACAAGUGAUAGCUCAUUCUAUCAGCUUAUGGAACAAGUUGACUUUGAUGAUGCAUUUAAUUCUCUUGAAGAAUUGGGUUUAUAG